CAGUUGCACGACGGAAUUCGAGGUGCCGUCGGAAGAAGAAUCGGCGAGUGAGGGUUUUGAACCUUUUUCCCUCGGUUCCCUUUCAGUCUUCCCGCUCUCUUCCAAGUCAAGCUCUCCUCAAACAGGCGACAACCAAUGGCUUCGUCUUCCUCCUCCGCCGGAAGUAGCUACGACAUCCCGUGGGUGGAGAAGUACCGGCCGAGCAAAGUGGCCGAUAUCGUCGGCAACGAGGACGCUGUCUCCCGCCUCCAAGUCAUCGCCACCCAGGGCAACCUACCUAAUUUGAUAUUAUCGUUCUGGUUUUGGAUUCUUGUUUACUUGGUGAAUUUCACAUUGCGGUGUCGCCACUCUCUACUUUGUCAGGGUCCUCCUGGAAUUGGGAAAACUACGAGUAUACUGGCUCUAGCGCAUGAGCUUCUUGGGCCUAGCUAUAAAGAUGGUGUUUUGGAGCUGAAUGCAUCAGAUGAAAGAGGAAUAGAUGUGGUGAGGAACAAAAUAAAAAUGUUUGCACAGAUGAAGUUAACACUUCCACCUGGGAGGCACAAAAUUGUGAUCCUCGAUGAAGCUGAUAGCAUGACUUCAGGAGCACAGCAAGCCCUGAGACGGACAAUGGAAAUAUACUCCCAGACCACCCGUUUCGCUCUUGCUUGCAAUACAUCUUCUAAAGUGAUUGAGCCUAUUCAGAGCAGAUGCGCUCUCGUUCGAUUUUCAAGACUGUCUGAUCAGGAGAUUCUUGGUCGUCUAAUGGUGGUAGUGGAAGCAGAAAAGGUUCCAUACGUCCCUGAAGGACUUGAAGCCAUCAUUUUCACAGCUGAUGGGGAUAUGAGGCAGGCACUCAAUAACUUGCAAGCUACAUACAGUGGAUUCCGAUUUGUCAACCAGGAGAAUGUUUUCAAGGUAUGCGAUCAGCCUCAUCCUCUGCACGUGAAGAAUAUGGUUCGCCAAGUCCUUGAGGGAAAGUUUGAUGAUGCUUGCUCUGGUUUGAAGCAGCUUUAUGAUCUUGGCUAUUCCCCAACUGAUAUCAUUACAACUCUCUUCCGAAUCAUAAAAAAUUAUGAAAUGGCUGAGUAUCUGAAGCUAGAAUUCAUGAAGGAAACAGGGUUUGCCCACAUGAGAAUCUGUGAUGGAGUUGGAUCCUAUCUUCAGAUGUGUGGCCUAUUGGCCAAACUUGCCCUAGUUCGUGACACAGCCAAGGCAGUAUGAGCAGAUAACUCGGUUUAGGGUUCUGGCAGGUUUCUGAUGUGGAAAUGGCAGUGAUUUUGAUGCUUGGGAACCAGUUGUUUGAAGUGUUGAAGUUAUUUGUGUGUUUCCAAGGAAGCCUAUCUUAUUUACAUGUAAUUGAGUUCCUUAGGAUAGAGAUUGGCAAGAAGAGAGGCCUAUGUCCCAUUGUCAAUGUUCUGGAAAGAGUUGUGCUUCUUUAAGGACGGUACUGUAAUAUUUUAAUCAACACAAUUGCUGACCUAAUUUGUGAGUUAUUUCAUGACUAGGUCUGGCAGGAACAAUGCCAGGCAUGUGACCUUCUUUAUCAGUUCUAGCAACCAUUCAAGUUCCCACGGGAAGGGC